AUGUCUAAGUCAGAGUCUCCUAAAGAGCCAGAACAGCUGAGGAAGCUCUUCAUUGGAGGGUUGAGCUUUGAAACAACCGAUGAGAGCCUGAGGAGCCAUUCUGAGCAAUGGGGAAUGCUCACAGACUGUGUGGUAAUGAGAGAUCCAAACACCAAGCGCUGCAGGGGCUUUGGGUUCAUCACGUACACAUCUGUGGAGGAGGUGGAUGCAGCCUUGAAUGCAAGGCCACACAAUGUGGAUGGAAGAGUUGUGGAACCAAAGAGAGCUGUCUCAAGAGAAGAUUCUCAAAGACCAGGUGCCCACUUAACUGUGAAAAAGAUAUUCGUUGGUGGCAUUAAAGAAGACACUGAAGAACAUCACCUAAGAGAUUAUUUUGAACAGUAUGGAAAAAUUGAAGUGAUUGAAAUCAUGACUGACAGAGGCAGUGGCAAGAAAAGGGGCUUUGCCUUUGUAACCUUUGAUGACCAUGACUCCGUGGAUAAGAUUGUCAUUCAGAAAUUUCAUACUGUGAAUGGCCACAACUGUGAAGUUAGGAAAGCCCUGUCAAAGCAAGAGAUGGCUAGUGCUUCAUCCAGCCAAAGAGAUCAAAGUGGUUCUGGAAACUUUGGUGGUGGUCGUGGAGGUGGUUUUGGUGGGAAUGACAACUUUGGUUGUGGAGGAAACUUCAGUGGUCGUGGUGGCUUUGGUGGCAGCCAUGGUGGUGGUGGAUAUGGUGGCAGUGGGAAUGGCUAUGAUAGAUUUGGUAAUGAUGGUGAUUAUGGAGGAGGCGGCCCUGGUUACUCUGGAGGAAGCAGAGGCUAUGGAAGUGGUGGUCAGGGUUAUGGAAACCAGGGCAGUGGCCAUGGUGGGAGUGGCAGCUAUGACAGCUAUAACAAUGGAGGCGGAGGUGGUUUUGGCGGUGGUAGUGGAGGCAAUUUUGGAGGUGGAGGUGGUGGAAGCUACAAUGAUUUUGGCAGUUACAGCAAUCAGUCUUCAAAUUUUGGACCCAUGAAGGGAGGAAAUGGAGGCAGAAGCUCUGGCCCCUAUGGUGGUGGCGGCCAAUACUUUGCCAAACCAAGAAACCAAGGUGGCUAUGGUGGUUCCAGUAGCAGCAGUAGCUAUGGCGGUGGCAGAAGAUUUUAA